AUGGGCAAAGCAUUUCAACUGAACAAUGUCUAUCUGAUCAGCGUACUGACGACCAUUGGGGGCCUCAUCCAAGGCUUCGAUGUGUCAAGCAUGUCUGCCAUCAUUGGCACUGAUCAGUACAAGGAGUACUUCCAUGAACCUGAUGCUGUUGCCCAGGGUGGAAUCACUGCUAGUAUGGCUGGUGGAUCGCUACUUGGAGCGCUCUUUUCAGCUUGGACGAGUGAUCGAUGUGGUCGUCGUGACUCACUAUUCAUUGCAUGCAUAUUUUGGUUGAUUGGUUCAACUCUGAUGUGCGCGGUGCAGGAUGUUUCUAUGCUUAUCGUGUCUCGAAUCAUCAACGGACUUAGUGUUGGAAUGCUCACGUCCCAAGGUCCGAUACUCAUUGCUGAAAUCAGUCUUCCUCAUCAACGUGGCAGGCUUCUCUCCUUACAACAGUGGAUGAUAACAUGGGGGAUUCUGAUCAUGUACUUCAUCUCCUUCGGAACAUCCCACAUGAGCAAUAAUGCAGUGUUUCGCAUCCCCUGGGGGAUUCAAAUGAUACCAGCAAUUGUUCUCAUGUCAUGUCUCCCAAUGAUGCCUCGGUCACCUCGCUGGCUUGCUACACAAGAUAGAUGGGAAGAGGCAGUGGCGGUCCUUGCAAGAUUACAUGCCAGGGGAGAUACUCUUGACCCUGUUGUUCUGGCUCAAACAACUGAAAUUCGUGAGAAGGUUGAUCUUGAGCUCCAAUACCAAAGUUCAUCCUGGAUGGAGCUAUUUAACGCACGAAAUAUUGUCCGCGUACACUGCGGUAUUUUCACACACAUUUGGUCCCAAUUAAGCGGAACAAACGCCAUGAUGUAUUACAUUGUUUAUAUCUUCCAGAUGGCUGGUCUCGAAGGCAACAACGCCCUGUUGUCUGCAUCAAUUCAAUAUAUCAUCAAUGUUGUCAUGACACUCCCAGCAUUGAUCUUCAUCGACCGCCUCCCCCGUCGUCGUCUUUUCAUUGGCGGUGCCUUUAUCAUGGCCGUUUUGCAGUUCACUCAGGCAGGCCUUAUGUCUUCAUAUGGGUAUCAUGUUCCAGGAGGACUCAAGGGAUCGCCUACAGUCACUUGGAGGGUUACUAAUGGCAAAGCAUCCAAGGCCAUUAUUGCCUGUUCAUACUUGUUCAUUGCUACCUUUGCGCCCACUUGGGGACCCUUAGGAUGGGCAUACCCACCCGAGAUUAUCCCCCUCUAUAUCCGCAGCAAAUCAGUAUCCCUAGCAACAGUCUUCAACUGGGCCUGCAAUUUUGCUUUAACAUUUUUCACACCACCAGGAUUUAAGAAUAUACAGUGGAGGAUCUAUUGUGUCUUUGGAACCUUCUGCCUUGUUGCCGCCAUACACGCAUUUCUUCUCUUCCCCGAGACAUGCGGAAAGUCUCUGGAAGAAAUUGACGAAGUGUUUAACAACGAAAGUAUUUGGGCCUUUAGAACACGGUCUGAGCCGAGUCGCUUUGCUGCUGAUAUUGAACAGGCCAAGGAGUAUUUGAGUGCUGGGAAAGUGAACACAGCUCGUUUCGAGGCUAAAGCAUAG